AUGACAGCUUCGGUCAUGGAGGUGGCUGUGAGCUCGAAGCAUCUGCCCGGCACAGAGCUAGUGUCCACGGCGCCACCUUUGCUGGAAGGGGAGGAUGCCGUGGCAAGGGUCCGGCGCUUGAUCUCAUCCGACGCGAACAAUCAAGGCCUCGACCUGACAGGCCGGGAGCAUCCAUUUUCGGAUGAUGAGUUGCAGGAGGCCUGGCAUCAGCUCCAGUUGGGCGAUUCAGACACGGCACGGUCCCUGUUCGUAGAGGCAGUCUUGGCAGAUCCUGAGGAUGAAGAGGCUUUAUUUUGUAUGGGUCUGCUGUACGAGGCCUUGCAUGACCUGGAUCGAACAGCAGAGUGGAUGGACAUGGCCAUUGAGGCCUGCCCUGACCACAUCUUCGCAUGGGAGACACGGUCGCGCUGCAUGGAGCAUCGCGGUCGCCUGGCUGAGUCGUUGGCUGGUUAUGAGCAGCUUGAAUAUUUGGAUCCUAGCGCCACAGGUCGCCGGGAAGGCCUGCUGGGGCACCAGCGUGUGUACAUCGUCCCUGUAGGAGCUUGGGAGGAUGGGGCUGCAGACUACAUGCAAGAGGCAGCAGAGGAGGCUGCAGAGGAAGCUGUGCAUCAACCGAGGUGGCAGGAGAAUUUUCUUGCUCCAGAGCGCGAAUCAGAGCUCGAGCAGCCUGAGCUGAGAUCUGGAAUCAUGGCAUGGGAUCAUGUGUUGAGCACAGAUUUGCUGCAGAGGCUGAGAGAGUGUGUGGAAGACCACUUUCAGUUCAUCUUCACAAAUAGAUGGGUGUAUUCCGCAGACGAGUCAUUUACGGGCGCAGCUUCGACAAUGUGGCUACCUGCCUCUGAGGAAGCCACCAGUAUCCCAGAAGUUGCUGCACGCACAAUCCUCAGGCAUCUUCUGAAGCAAGAGCCUGAAGAUUAUGCUGGGGUGGAGUACUGGGCUCGAGUUCGCUCCGUGAACCUGGGCGCUGGCUUUCAUUACGAUGAGGCAGUGGAUGCAGAGGAUGUCGACUCAGAAUGGGUUCAUGGCAACCCCUGGCGCCCUCAGUGGUCAAGCGUGUUCUACCUAUCCGAUGAAGGAGGUCCCACGGUAAUCCUGGACCAGCUCCAUGAUGAGCGAGGCAGGUUGUCCCCGGCGCUUCCGGCCAAAGGCUAUUUAUGCAUGCCACGGGCAAAUCGCAUCGUCCUCUUCCGUGCAGACCUCCACCAUGGCAGCCUUCCAGUGGAUAUCUGGCUGGACAGCGAGCAAACGCGAAGGGUCUUCAUCUUCAAUUUCUGGCGGCGCCACACCCCGGAGCGCCCCCACUGCCAGCGCCUGGACUUCCAAAAGCACCCGGCCAUGCGCCGGCACAUCCUCACUGUGGAGGAAGGCGCCGCCCUCCAGACCUAUGAAACAGCGCGCCUUGAAGCACAAGGCCUAGCACCGGUCGAGCGCAAGGUCCUCUGCAAACCGGAGCAGCUACCUCACAGCUCAGACUUUGGAUAUCUACCCCUGCCGCUGCCUAUGCCGACCAUGGCAGCGCUGAAGGAGGAGCGUGGCUUCUACGAAGUCGACUGGCUGGGUGCUGCGGGGGCUAGAGAGGAGUGA